AUGGCGUCUUUGCUCGAGGAGAAACUCUUUCAAAUUAGUAGUCAGGGUCCACCACCGGCAAAAGAUUUUUUCCAACUUGUGAUUACCAAAGAUCAGGUAAUAUUGACAUCAUGGCGGAUUUCUUUGAGAGUUGAAAGCAGAGGGAUUCCACCCAGACAGUUCAAGAUUCCUCAUUGUGAUUUCCUGCACGAAAAAAUGCUUCAGCAUGAAGUUAAUGCUGUUUUCGGGCAGAGGAUCCUGGAUUACACGCUGUCAAUUUGCCAGGGAAAGUUCGAUUACUUGGAGCGCUUACCUGAUGGGAUAUUACUCAGAAUCCUGUCCUUCCUUGAGCUUAAAGAUUCCACAUUGUUGGCUCAGGUUUCCCACAGAUUCAGAACGCUCUGUAAUUCAGAGGGGUUUUGGGAGCAGACUGUGAGGAAUCGUUGUGCUGGCUUUAACCGUGACAUGGAGGACAUAGCCAAUGCCAUGGGCUGGAGGAGCACCUAUUUCACCUUUUUCCAUAAAAAGAGCAAUACAUAA